AUAAUAUAUUCUACUACCAAAAAGAAAAGCCAAUGCCAAUUCUCCUCAAGUUAAACGGCGUUCAGUGCUAAAAUUUUAUUAAACUCAAAUCGUCACUAAUUAAUCAAACUUCACACCACAGAGACAUAAGAUUUAGCAUUACGCUCUGAGAAAAGUACGUUUACAUCUUGUAAAAGUAAAUGUUGCAGAGGUUUAGUGAAUGUCACAUUGUGAAGAAAAUGGGUGUACACGAGGAUUCACGUGAUAUCAAUAUCAAGAUGCCAUCCAGAGACAUUUCUUUAAGGUCUGAGCCUAGAAAAUUAAAAAUGAUUCAAGUCAUAUUUUUGCUCAUAUAAAUAUUAUAUAUAUUUUUGCGUGCUUCCAAACGCAUGACACUACAAAGUAGGUAAUGCAAUACUGCGAUAACACGAUUCGAAAGUUCUCAGGAAAUUUUAUAUACUUUAGCUCAUAAAAAGUAGUAACAGACGUCGUUGAACGAUAAAGCAGACAGAAAAUACAUUACAAUUUCGUAUAGUGUAGCUUAAUAGUUCUGCUAAGAUUUUGUAGUAACGUAGUGUGUAGUGAUAGAUGCAAAGCUAAACUAAGAUUGCACUAGAUAUCUACACGGCUAUGGACUGAUAUGAGAAAACGGAAGAUGUAUUUAAAAAAGCUGCGACAUACUCUAUUUUAAAAGCAAUGAAAUGUAAUGAUUUGAGACCCUAGGGGAAAACCCGGAAAAACGAGUGCAAAGCUGAAGUUUAAGUCUGGAAAUUGAGGAAACUGUGGCACAUUUAUUUUGAACAGGACAACUAAGCAUUAAACAAUAGAGGCAUGUAUAAAUUUUACAAAGCCAAAGCAAGGAUAUGCUCUCGACGCGGGCGGCUCGCUCACCUGGUGCAAUGUUGUGUAAUGAUUCCAGUGCGUUGCAGCAUUCUUCUCGCUUUCCUCAUUUUAAAUAAGCCGUUUUCCAAUUUUCACAGCAGUGUAUUUUGUUAAUUAUUAGCGGUGUCGGUACAAACUGCCAUUUUCCUCCCUUGCAAAAAGUAAAAUUUUUACCCAAAAUCUUAUAAGUAGAUCUUAUAAGUUAAUGUAAGUUUUCAGGAAAUUUCCACGGUUACCCGACAGAUCGCAAAAAAAAGUCAAGUUAGUUUUAGUAGUUUAGUGUAUAAAUAAGUUCCUGGAAUUUAAUGACCAGCAGAAUAUAUAUAUUAAUACAAACACUUUUCAUUACGUACAAUCUAGGAGUACAACAAGAUUUAGGAAUAUGGAGUUGUCUUGUAACACACAGCGGUUGGGUAUUAAAAUAUUUAGCAUUAUGUUCUACAGUGAAAUUCAAGGAAUUUCAUACUUGAGUAUAUUAUUUAUUUGCAAUAAUUAAAAAUGUUUUAUUAAAAUGGGCGUUUUAAUCAUCAAUAAAGCUCGGCAAAUUAUUUGCAAUCCACCAAACAGUGCUACCUUGCGAUUUUCUCGACUGGUAGCUGGCACUAGGUGCAAUAUUGUUGCGCUUGGCAGAUCGAUGAAAUUUUGAAAAGUGGCGUUACUACAACGUUAAAUUCAAACUAUUUUAUUUAGACAGAAUUCUAUUUUCAAACUAUGGGUUUGAAAUUUAAAAAAAAGUUUAAUCCCAAGCUAUUGCCGAGAACGUAUGAAAGGCAUUAGAGUCUAAAAUGUAUUUUUAACAUUCAGCAGACAGAACGAUACCCUCAAAUGGAACCUAGUUUUUUAAUGCGCCGAUUUACAUUAAAACAAGUGUCAUUGAAAUAUUCUAUAAAUUAUAGAUUUAGGUGUGUUUCUAUCACGAGUGGUAGCGAAGUCUCAGACUAGUGUCUCCACAAUAUUUUCUAGGCUUGUCGCGAAUCCGGUAGCAAUCCGGUCCCAGUAUCACAUUUUUCCACGUGAUGUCUGUUUAUUUAAACCUUCUGGGCAUAAUAACCCUAAUCUACCCAACUUACGCGCAAGAAAUGCUUACGCGUUGUUUUCUAUAGUUAAAAACAGUUUGUAUUCCGAUAGAGAAACAUUUGUCUCACAGACAGUUGGUGUGCACGACUAAAUUUGGGCCAGCUUCUUUUCUCAUUAAGUAAAAAUUUAUCCAGUGUCCAUUCUUACUCUACUGCUAAACAUUCUUGAGACCUUUGAUAUCAAAAAUUUAAGGAAGCGGUAACUGCCCAGCGAAGUGGCGUAACACUUAGCAACGCUGCAGCUAUCGUAAAGUAAGUAGUUUUAAAAUUUACGUUUCUGAUAUCCUUAAGACAAAUAAUGAUAAAUAUAUACAAACUGUUAUCCAGGAAAUUAAAUACAGUUUCUAUUGUCUUUCGGUACGUUACGUAUAAUUUUAAUAUGUAGUUUUGUGUUUCAGCUCGCUUUAAAUGCUGUGAACUUUUAUCUUUCUUCUUUAUUAUUUAAACAAGAACGGAUCCCUUGUCAAGCAAAGGAGCUAACACAUUCAUACAUUUUAUUCAUCAUUUCUGUUUGUUAUUUUGGAUCUCUUGUCUUCCAUGCAAUCUCGCAAAGGUCUGAGGAAGUGUAACUCUAUGGAGAAAAGUGUAGGCUAUAAGCCGGGCUCGAAAAGGUCAUCGUCCAUGGUCUGUCAGAAUUUGCGAAGUCGUUAAAGCUGCAAAGUCAAAUAUUGUUAAGCAACAAAAUUAAUUUUCGCAGUCCUUUGACUCCUUAAAAUUCAUAUAUUAUCAAUUGGUUAGUUCAUUUGUCGUGUUGAGUUAAAGUGCCGCCUGCAUUCGUGAUUUCACUUUUUUUAAAAAAAACUUCAAACAAGCGUUUCCGUUAGACUCGAACAAAUAUCCUAAGUGUUAAUGUGGAGGGUUGUUUGGAAUUUGACUUAAUUUCAACGGUAUAAAAUGUAAUGAUUAUUUUUUUAUAUUAAAGAUCGGCUUAAAAUAGAGAUUAUUUAUUUUCCUGCCGUGAGGGCAAUUUUGUGUAUACCUUCGACGCUGUAAUAAUGGUGAUUUUGGUAAAUUCAUGUAAGGCCCACCUUCCUGCCUUUAAAGCCUUUUCGAGUGUAUGCAGACGAUUCAGGAUGGUGGGGACACUUGCUCAUAUAUGUACAAAAAGUUCUAGGGUUAACUGGGCUAAAUUUUAAGGCAAUUGUCCCUUCAAUUUAUCGUCAUCCGCUUCACGCAAACAUCCUAAGCGUACUUUGUGUUUCCAAUCCAAAUCUCCAAUUCUAAUUGAUGAAAAUCAAUUUCCGCAAACUUUAUAAAGUAAUACUUACCUCCUCUUUAAUCUUGUAGGUAAUCCUUAUUUAUUAUAAUUUUUUUGUACCACUGUAGCAGAAAUUAUAGGAUUAUAACAGGAGUUGCACUGCAGUGCAUGCUUUUAGGUGCGGUUCACCAUCGCACAUAGGCUAAAAUAAUACAAAACAUCGAGUAAUCAUGAAUUAUAAGCAUUUAACUUCAAUUUUUAAGAUUUUUCAGGAACAAAAUAUUUAUUUUUCAACUAUACCCAUGAGAUAUGUCACAGUCUAUAGAAAGUGCAGAGGUUGUUACGGUGGCGGCAGCCAGCGGUGGACACAUAAAUCAAGUGACUCACGUGGCUCAGGGCGGACACGUUACCUCGCAUGGUGCUCCCGCGGGUCUUCAGGUAGUUCAGGUACUGGAGGACUGUGCGCUCGUGGGAGAAGACGGAACACAGCACGUGCUGUUGCAAGCCCCGCAUGAUGACGGUAGUACCGAUUAUGACUUAGAUUCACAGGACGGUGUUGAAGACAAUCGAAUAGCUAGAAAACCCCAUUCUAAGAAGCCCCUUCUUACGCUUAGCGUGCGUGAGAAGACUGCCAUCUGCAGGUACAAAGCACAGCAUCCGGACUGCAACCAGCGACAGAUUGCUGAGCACUUCACAAAAUUGUGGAACAAGGAAAUUUGUCGUCGUCGCGUAAGCGAUAUUCUAAUUCAGAAGGAAAAAUGGUUUGAGGUGGAGAGACGAGUGAAAGGUGAUGCAGACAAAACAUUUCGGGAUGGCAAGUUUUCCAAUCUUGAGAAGCUCGUCUAUGAGUGGAUCGUCGACGUCGUUAGAUCAGGGGGCCGCGUAUGGGACGAUGAUGUGCGGCGUUCGGCAAAGCGGCUUGCUGAAAUGCACGACGUCAAAUCGUUCGUUGCGUCACAGGGUUGGUUAACGGGGUUUCGAAAAAGAUACGGGCUCAAACAGAAUGAUGAGCAGGGCGAUAUUAUGAUCGAGAUCGAUGUUGACAGUCACCAGAGCUCUCAAAAUCAACAUCAUCAACAACAACAUCACGCCUCCCCAAUCGAGUACGGGCACAGAGAUGAGAAUCAAAUCCAGUUGCUUCAAGGAAACGAGGGUCAGUCGUACACAGUCAAUAUCACCGUUGACAGUAGCGGUAACGCUUCACAAACGCAUUCUCCUCAAGUGGGAGUUUCACAUCAUCCACACAUUGUUGGGGCAGUCAGUGUUGGAAACUCCGGAGCGCAAUUAAAUCCUGUCAACCCGCAUGUAGGUCGUGGUGGCGUUCAAGGCCCUCAAAAUCAUCAUGACGGCCAGCUGAGUGAUAUUGAAACCGGUGAUAGUGCUGAUGAAGACCACGAGGCGAACAUUGGAUUAGCGCAACCAUCACAAACUCAGCUACCGGUCAAUGUUAGUUCUGUGGGAACCGAAGCCAGUAAUAUAGCCUUGGACGACAUUGUAAAAACGAUCAUUUACGGUGGGCCAUCGACAACAGCCCAAGUCAUUUCUGGUGCUGCUCAGCAAAACACCGCCACGGAACAGUAUUUUCAAGACACGAACACAACUGGUACAAGCGGAGCGCCAGGCACGGCGAUCACAUCUUCGCCAAAGAGUCGCUUAGUCGCGCGGGCAACUAUGACAGCUGUACUUGUCAGAAAAGUUUUAGUGGCUACAAAACGAAAGCUUGACGCCGAAACAGAGAUGAUCCGUGAACAGAAACAGAGACAUUUUUACGAAGCGAAAAUGUUCGAUGAAAGGCGAAAAAGAUUAGCCGAAGAACGCGAGCUUAUAGCUGCCCAAAGGCGGAAGCUUGACGCGGAAACCAGGUUUUUACAGGAACAGCAACGUAAUGAAGUAAUCCGGCGCGAGCUAUUAUUGGCUGAUGUAAGCGCAAUCAAGGGCAAUGGCUUCGGCUCCGCGUCGGGCACCAUUGGAAGUAUGAGUUUACGUCAGGGUAGAGUUCAUUCUCAGCAACCUAUCCCUAUACAAAUAAGUGGAACAACAUCAGCCACAACAACAUCUGGGACUAAUAUACAUCAUUUAACAGGCGAACAUAAAGCGAACACGAGUUAUGUUACCGUCGUAACUGGGUCUACCGAGUGAUAGUCAUUGGUUGAGAUCAAAUUUAAACGCUGGUAGUACGCACGUAAGCGACUACAUGGCUAGGACUAGCCGAUUGCACAUUUAGUAUUACCUUUGAUGUUAAAGGAGAGGAAAUAAUGGUGGACAAACAAAAGCCGUUUCGUUCUUCUACUGCCUCCCUUCGCUCCAUUCAUGUGUGAUGUGUAUGCAUAUAACCAGCAUUAGGCUGUAUCUGACCAGGCUUCUGAUGGUCUACAAAUACCUAACACUACGGACAUUGCAAAAGCCAAGUUUGGCCGAGACAGAGACCUCUUCACGGUUGAAGUGUAAAUACAGCAUGAAUUUAUAUAUAUUUGUUGCUUAACGACAGAAGACAAAAAAAAUCACUCAUACAAAGAUAUAGUCUCAUAAAUUUAAUACUCAAACUCCAUUAUUUUCUUUCUCACUAUCAAAACUAUAGGAGACUAAAAUACACGAUAACUGACUUUGUUUGAGGAAUUGCUAUAGAAACGUUUGUAAAUAGAAAUUUACGUAGUUUCAUUACACUUGGAUCGUGGUUAUCGUACAACACUGUGUUUGAUCUAACUCUCCUUUAUACUAUACCUUGUAAUGAUCGAGCUAAAGAGCCAGUUGGUCAAAUAUGUUAGAAGGAACAAAACUGUAAUUCCCCUGGGGAUAAUAUUCAUUUCAAGCAAAGAGGUUUACAACCGUUUCAGGCAUCGCGAGUAUAAGGGCCCAAAAGGAUGAUGGAUAUUUCUUUGUAUUAAUUAAUAAAUUAGUUGGAACACUUCGUAUCAAACCACAGAUAUGGUCACUUAUUACAUGGCUAUAUAGAAGCGUCAAGGCUUGUUUUAAAAAGAUAUCUAAGGUCUAAAACUGCCUUAACGCUUGUCAGAAAGGUGCAAUCAAUGACAGGUCCUUAUGGCAUGAUAAAAUAUACUGAUUUCAAAUAUCCUCGGGAUGCAGAUAGCAUCUUAUAUUAGGAUACUUACACUAGCAAGAGUUCACAUAUAGGGGAAAAUAGGGGUACUCGGAACAGGGCUGUAUGAGCCAUUCUGAUUUUUUUCUAGCAAUUGAAGGUUUAUAUUUUAAUAUUACCAAGCCUUUGAAAUACACGCGCAUUAAAAAAUCUACUCCUGUUCGCGACACAAGAUUUUUUUCGUUUAAUAAGAUUACAAAAGGUAAAAUUACGUGCGACGGAUGAAUGUUCGCAUUUCAUCGAACUCUUGUUGAACGAAAAAGAAGUGAAAUAAGGACUUCCUUUUUGUAUCACCAUUUCGUCUGUCCCAAAGCCACGCCUUCAAAGGCGAUGCUGAAAAGAAUUAAUUUGUAGAAGUCAUUAUAUUAUAUUGAGCUAUAUUACAAUAUAACAAGCUUACACAAUAACCUUGGGCACUUCAUAUGUAUACACUUCAUUUCGAGAACAUAUAGGACCGGAUGCCUUCGAUGCUAAUUUUAUGGAGAAAUUAAAAGAACUAAACGGUUUCAGAGUACAACAACACAGAACAACGUGCCAGGCAUAUUAGUCUUUGAAACACAUUGCCAUGACCUUAUUGCCAUAAUGCAUUGUUCAAACGCACCUUAUCGUGGAUAAUUAUGAAAUCAUAAAUAAGAAUAUUCCAUAAUGAUUUAUACCAGAAUCAUAAAUAAUUAUACUAGUUAUAUAGAUUUCAGUGCGGUCAACUCUGCUUCAGAGAAUGGUGUACACAUAUAUUAAAGACGGCUUCACACCGCGCAGUAGAGCCUUGUGGCCUGUAGUGAACGAAUCGUAAUCGUAAACUUGUCUAAUUUAUAGUAAACAAAUGGCUUCUCCAGCCAUAAUCUGAAUAUUGUCUAUAUUUAAAAGCAUUUUUCUUUUAGUUUUGUCAAACAACUGAUUUCUUCGUCCAAAAUCUUUAGUGGCCGGACUACGCUCACCUCCAGGCUGUAUAACCCCAACCUUGUGGGUCUAUAUGGCAAAUGACAUAUUUUAAAUUAUUAUUUUCUUGAAAAUGAGUGAAUUUAAGUAAGUCCAUUUCGGUCACACAACAGAGGAGUCCUAGAAUAAUAUACGAAUACAGUUUCUAUGGUUUUUCCAUAACAUUGUUUUUAACGACAGCAUUAGCUUUUGGUCCAUAUAGUUCUACAUUCCUUAAUAUGUGCCAAAAAUGAUCUUUCUGAUUUUUUGCAUAUAAGUAUACUUCCAUGAAAAAAUAUAAUGCAUAAAAUAACAGAGUAUAUUUUCUUUUCGCAAAAAAUCAUUUAAAGUCUAGACUUCAAUGAAAACUGGUGGGAAAACUAUUUUUUGGGCAGUCAUUUCAAAAAUCGUUGAUGAUUUACGAAUUAUCUAAAUAGAAAAGUUGCUUAAUGGUUCGAGAUUUAGACAAUGGCGCAAGAUAUGAUUUUAAAAAAACAUCGAAUUUACAAAAUACUUUCGUAGUGUCCUAAGUGGCGCACUAUUUACAUGAAAACUCUAACGUUAGUUUCAUCUCGAAUAACCCAAUAACUAGAAUACUCAUAAGAUAUAACGGGUUAACGGUACCAAAGUGAUGGUUUGAUUAUAAUGAAAGCACAGGAUAUAUUACAGAAGAAAAUGGGAUAAUUUGUAAUACAACAUACAUUACAUAGUUUAAAAUCGACAUUUUCUAAAAAGGGUAUGUGGUGUUCCAAUACACUGCAGUAAAAUUUUGCUUUUCGUACGAAGUUCG